AUGACGCCCUGUAACGAGGGCACUCAGGUGUGCCAGGCCGGCGAGUGUGCGUUGUCCAUCUGCACUAAGUACGGGCUCAAGGAGUGCACCCUCGCUGGUCCCGAGUACACGAUUGACGAGCUAUGCCUGCUCGCCUGCGAGGGACCGUCUGGGGCUUGCCUCCCAGCGUGCGAGUUUCCUUCUAUGAAGGCUCACUGCGGAAUCACGAUGACUCCCGGUUCGCCGUGCAACGCGCUGCGGGGCUACUGCGAUGUUUUUCGCAAGUGCCGUGACGUUGACGCCGAAGGACCGCUGGCGCGCCUCCAGCGAAUCUUCUUCGGUGAAAAGUCUGUCAACAAAAUCAAGGAAUUUAUAACGGUCCACCCACUGCUGUCCCUGUUCCUGGCGCUGGGUUCAUUGUGGCUGAUGAUUGUGGUGUUCCGCUGCCUGGCCGUGCACACGCCCACCAGCAACCCGAACAAAAAGCCCGCCCACAAACUGAAAGCUACCCUCAAGCAUCCCUGGAAACAAUAG